AUGAGUCACCUCAACCCAGGACUCAUUUCAGCCUACAACAGCCUCACAGACAAACAUCUCGCUGGAUACUUCAGCAACACUCGGAUCAGGAGACACUUGCAGAGAGCAGGACUGAUCACCAGGAGUGGGCGUAUUGUUCCAGACAAGGAGUACAGACAUAAGCUGAUCCAGAGAACCCACCAGAGACACGUUCGAGAAUGCCUGGCCCAGGCCAUUUUCCACAAGGUGCUGGAGAUGGAGCGUCUCCAUCAAAUAGAGAUCAAAAGAAAACUGGAGGAGUUUGCAAGGAGGGAAAGAGUGCAUAAGAUCAAGGUGGAGCGUUCUAAAAGGUAUGAAGAAGAAAUUAUCCACAUCCUGUCUCCACGCCCACCCACGGGUGCGAGGGGUGUCCAAAAACAGCAUUCUGGGCCAGAGGGGGAACACUCUGAGUCCUCUGAGUCUCCGAGCUCGUCUCGACCCAACACGGCUCCAGGGAAGAUGCAGAGGCCGGUGCGUCUGAAGCCAAUCCACAGCAACAGUAACACAGCUUCACUCAGACGCAGCUCCCCUUACAGACUCCAUGGGUCCUCCAACGAGAACGAUCAGCCAUUUAACUGCACUAUGGACAAGGAGUCCCGCAGACGUUUGACCAUGACGGACACCUACCGUGGCAUCUCACCCUACUGCCUCCCGGUCAUCAACAACUUUGUCACCCCAGUGCCUCCAACCACGAAGAGGAAAGAGAGGGGCGUUAAGGUCACUCCUAGCAGCACUGUCAGAGGCCGCAGACUGCGCCCCACCACUGCCUCCAGUGGAGUUGAAGUCCAUGAGGAGCCGCCCAUGCUGAGGAGCUCUGUGCACCAGAGCAGAGUGUGUGUGAACAUGGUGUACUUUGGCAAAACAGUGCAUCUCUCCCACGACCUGAGUGACAUGAGGGAUGAGAUCAAGGUUUUUCAGCAACACUGUGGAGGAGAAAACCUGUGUGUGUACAAGGGCAAGCUCCGAGAGGGAGAGAUGUUCGGCUUCAUUUCGAGGCGACACCGAGGUUUCCCGUUCAGCUUGACCUUCUUCCUGAACGGACUGCAGGUGGAGCGGCUGAGCUCCUGCUGUGAGUUCAAACACAGGAAGGGCUCCAGACUCGGUGGCAGACACGGACACUUUGGUUUUUCCGGUGUAGAGGGGGCCUCACCCUGCUACAAGUGCAUCAUAGCAAUGGGACUGGACAAAAAGCCCACACCUCCACCAAAGAAGGUCAAAGAUGAUGGAAUAAAAGAAGAGACUGUUGCCAGCCCAAAGGGUACUGUUGAGAUGGAGACAGAGAGGACUGUGGAGGAUGCUAGCUCUCACUCCGAGUGUGAAACCAGCCAGCCACAGGACAUGGAGACUCAAGUCAAAGAAGAGACAGCACCUGAGGACAAACUCAGAGACGAUUAUGAAGAGGACUUUGAAGCAGACGAUGAAGGCCCCACUGAAGACACUGAGGUAAAGGAAAAGAAAUCCCCACCUCCACCCAGGGAAACUGAAAAACAGGCUCAACAGAGAGACACCUCUGAGACUGAAGAUGACGACAAGGAUGAAGAUAUAAAGUCUCAUUCAGGCUCCAGCUCCUCAGGCAGCGACAGGGAGGAGAGUGAUACUGAGGCCCCCAAAGACUCCAGAGAGAAUGAGAUAGUAGAGCAAACUACAGAAGUCGAUCAGGAGGAAACCGCUGCUCCAUCAGACGAAAAAGAUGAACUAAAUCCAGAAGAAGCCGUUACAGAGUCUGCUGCUGCUAAGGACUCAGAUAUACAGGACAGCGCCGGGGACAGCACAGAGAUUGAAAUUUCUGAUGCCAGUGUUCCCUCAGGGACAGAGAAUAAACAGGGCGACGAGACCUCAGGAGACAAAGAGGAUGAGAAAACAUCAGACAAGAGCAAACAGGGGGAGGAACAGGAGAGGGCCAAAUCUGUGCAGGAGAAGCUAGCAGAGGCCAUACUGAAGGAGUCCCAGUGCAGUUCUGAGCCAGAAUUAAGUGACACGAGUACUGAGGAGGAGGAAGAGGCCACAGAUAAAGGCCAUAAACAAGACAAUGAGGAUGCUGUUCCAGACAAAAAUGUUGUUGUUGAAGCUGAAGUGGUACUUGUUCAAGAAGAGACGUCUGAACCAAAAGAACAGAAGGAUGAAGAGGCUCAUGAGGGUACUGAGAGCUCCCAAGAUGAGAUGGUCAAAAAGGAUGAGGAUGUUGAAAAGGUUGCAUCAGAAGGAGACAAAGAUGAAGCCACAGUAGAGAAGGAUGAAUCAGGAGUCAUGGAGAUUGCAGAUGCAGCCCUGCAACUUGUAUCUGAAGAGAAAAUGGCAGAAGGUGACAAGACCUCAGAAUCUCAAGAUGAUGCCGCAGCUAACACAGAUGCUAACACAGAUGCUGCAGAUAAAGAUGAAGAAAACAUGCAAAAAACUGCAGAGGAGGCUGAGACGCGGCCUGACGAGACAGGGAAUGGGGCAAAAAGCAGUGGAGAGCAUGAGUCAUCAGUUUCAGACCUGAAUAAAAAGACUGAUGAGACAGAAGUGCCAGAUAAUGCAGAGGCGGAGGCGAUGACAGCAAACGAGACAAUGGAGAUGAAAGCAGAGCCCUCGGAGGACCGAGAGGCCCUCAGCUGUGAAGAGGCACCUGUAACCAACACAGAGGGGCACCAAGAAGACAGUGAGGACAGAACCGCAGGAUCAGAAACAGAAGUCACGGCAGAUAAUUCAAGUAGCUCGUCGGAGGGGAGUGGAGACACCACAGUUCAUGCUGAAAAGGCAGCAGAAACAAAUGAGGACAAUGCAAAGGAUGAGAGCAGUAAAGAUGAUGUUAAAGAGGAAGAGGCAGAGGAGGCGUCAGGAGCAGAGGCUGAUAAGGAUGACAGUAAAAAACAGGUGUGUGAUGCAGGAGAAGAAACAGAAAAGUCAGUGGAAAUAAACGAUAAGGUAGAGGAGGAGAAAUCUGAAGAGGAAAGUAAAGAAGAAAAAGAAACAAAUCCAGAUGAGAUACCAGACGGUGAAAGAACUGAGGAAAGAAAAAAGGAUGAAACAGAUAACACAGAAGGAGAACAGAAUGAUGAAAGCAAGGCAGAAGAAAGUAUAAAAAAUGACGAAAACAUUACAGAAGAGACUAAAACUGACUCAAACACUGAAGGAAAGUCAAAUGAAGAACAAACUGAAAAAACCCUCAGUGAAGAAGAUAAAGUUGCAAAUGAGGAGAAGGCAGAUGAAUCAGAAAAGACAGAGAACGAUGAAGAUAAACGCAAUCUUGUGGAUAGUCAAUGUGUCAAGAGUGAAGACUGUGGGGGAGAAUCUGAAGGAAAGGCAGCCGCAGCUGAUCAAACUAACGAAGGUGAAGAAAUAAAUGAAACAAACGCAGAUGCUGAUGAAGAAAAGGGUGAUAGGGCAGAGAUGGAGAAAGAUGAGAAUGACAAUAAAGCGAAAGAAAGUGAGGUAGUGAAUAAAGAUGAGGAAGAGAAAGAAAUCAUAACUGACAUGACCGUAGUGGCAGAGGAAAUAAUAUCUGGGAUUACAGAAGAACCUGAGAAAAGUUUACAUGAAGGCGAAGCAGCAAAUGCUAAUGGGACUAAAACAAGUGAAGAGACGCUAAACAACGUGACAGAGGCUGAAAAUGUUGAGAAAGAAGCUGUAAAAGAAAGUGAGAAUGGUGAAAGGAGAGAAGUCGAUGCUGAAAAUGGGGAGAAGUCUACUGGAGCAGAGAGCAAAACAAAUGAGGAUGGGACAGAGACACUGACUGAAGAGAAAAAUAAUGUUAAUACACCAGUGCAAGAUGAAGAAGAUAGAAAAACAGAUGAGCUGAUGGAAAAUGAGAAUAAAGACGAAGAGAAAGUAACUGUGGAGUCUGGAGACGGUGCUGGACAACGUGAAGACAACAUGGUCGAUCAGGCUCCUGCUGCUGGUAUGGUGGAAAGUGAGGCUGAGGAAGGGGAGGCCAGUGCGGAAAAUCUAAAUGAAUCCAAUAAAAAAGACUCUGAGCCUGAGAUAUCUGGUACGGAGAUAAAAGAGGAAACUAAAUCUGAUCAUCUAAAUACAGACAGAAAAAACAGUGAGGCCGAGGAGAUGAAAGAAGACCCUAAUGAUAAAGACAGCGAUACAAAGAAAGAUAACAACCAGGACCAAGUCAGUGAGGCGGUAGUUGCUUCUUCAGGGGAUCAAGCACAAUCUUCAACAGAUCACAAAGAGAAUGAGGAGUCUGACUUGAACUCUGACAAACACACAGAUGAAAAUGUUGCUGCCGCCCUCUCUGUAGCCGAUGGCGAAAAUGGCAGAGCAGACACAGAGGAGGUGAGCAAGGCCUCAGAGGAAGGAGCGAGUGUACUGCUCAAACCUCAAGAACAGUCGACAGAGGUUGCACACAACGAUGCUGAAGAGAGCCCUGCAAUAGGUACAGAAACUCCGGAGACCUUGGCAAAAGAAGACAACACAGAUCUGGUCACGAACUGGGUGACUAUGCAUCAAACGUCCAAGUAUUUUGAGACGUUCGUUGAACCUUUAGAAGACUUGAGGGAUUCAGAGGCUCAAACAACCAACUCCAACACUGAAGAAACACAAUCUACAGAGCUGACAAGAUCAGUGAGUCCACUGAAGACAGUGAGGACAUCUGAUGGAGAAGCUGCUGAUGGUGUUGAAAAUGCAGAAGAAGGGCACACGCAAAAAGAUGUAACUGAGGCAGGGAGAAAAAAUGAAGUGGAAGCUGUACAGUUGGACCUCCAGAACAAUGAGUCAGAAAAUAAUGAACCACUUGACAAGGAGCCUGGCAAAGAUACAUUGCAAGUGGAGGAGACUGAGGUGAAAAACUUUACACCCAACACAGAGACUCAACCGAAUGGUCAUGAAGUCACGAGGGAAGACAUGAGGUCAGAAGAGCAUAAAGGAAGCAGGGGAUCCCUUGUAGAAGACAAGAUUCAAGAGGGACCAGCAGAGGGGAACAUUGAGGAAACUGAUAUUUCCAAAACUGAAGUGGAAAGUAUUGCAUGUACUAAUCAUUCAGGAAUCAGCGGCAAUCCUGAGAGUGUCACAGAGACUCAAACUGAGGAGAAAAUGACUGAGAAUCAGCCAGACUUACAUGAGAAACAAACUGAAGAGAAGAAAGAUCAUCUGUCUUUGCCUAAAACUGAGGAGCAUCCACAGUGUUCAGAGAGUUCGGAAUUGGUUUCCACUGACACGAAAGCAGAUGCACAGAAAUCUUCAGAAGAAACACAGGAGAAAACAGAUGAAGACAGUCGAGAAGUGACAGAAAUAACUGAUUUUACAACGGCCAAGUCAGAUGAUGGAAGCCAAGGGGAGAUUCACCCCAAACCAUCUGAGGGCAGCAUCAACGGAGACAGAAGAGACACACAACUGAUCCAAGACAUCAAACACACUCUCAGUAAAGACAGGAUGAGCAUGUUCUCCGUGGACGAAACACUGUUUGGUCGCAGUUCAUAUCCUUUGCUGACGACAGCGAGAACUGAGAGUGGACUUUAG